CUGAGCAUUGAAAUCAGCCUCACUUCAUCAUCUACUCUUUCUUUUUAGAGAGAGAAAGAGUUUGAGAGAGAGAGAAGAGAAGGAGAAUAUUAGUGUGUGUAUAUAUAUAAAGAUGGUUCUCCACCUUUCCUGGGUUUUCAUUUUUGGCAUUCUCGGGAACGUUGUUUCAUUCAUGGUUUCCCUUGCUCCACUGCCGACGUUUUAUCAAAUAUAUAAGAAGAAAACAUCCGAAGGGUUCCAAUCGCUUCCCUACGUGGUUUCGCUCUUCAGUGCGAUGCUUUGGAUUUACUACGCACUGCUCAAGAAGGACGCGAUGCUGCUGAUUACCAUCAACACUUUCUGCUGUUUCAUUCAGACUUUUUACAUCGUCACUUACUUCUACUAUGGUCCCAAGAAGGAGAAGCUUGUCACUUUGAAAUUGAUCCUCGUGUUCAAUGUUCUCGGGUUCGGAGUUAUCUUCUUCUCCACUUAUUUCCUUCGAGACCUGAAGAUCCGACUCGAAGUCCUCGGAUACAUCUGCAUGGCGUUCGCUUUGAGUGUGUUCGCCGCACCACUUGCCAUAUUGAGGAAAGUCAUUAAAACGAAGAGCGUGGAGUUCAUGCCAUUUUCUUUAUCUUUGUUCCUUACGUUAGGAGCAGUGAUGUGGUUCUUCUAUGGCCUUUUGUUGAAGGAUAUGAACAUCGCCGUCCCAAACGUGCUAGGGUUUAUCUUUGGGAUUCUUCAAAUGAUACUCUAUGCAAUCUACAAGAAUCACCCGAAGAAGAUGGUGGAAGAUCCGAAGCUUCAGUUAUCCGAUCAGCAUAUAGUCGAUGUGGCGAAACUCAGGUCGGUGGUGUGCUUGGAUCUAAACGCAGUGGCUCCUCAACCGAACGACGGCGACGGUGACGGAGGAAGAGACGUUGAAGCUCAUAAUACAAAGGAGACCCCUAGAGAUGCUUCCAAUAAAGUUUAGAAGUUGAUGGAAGAAGUUCAAUCAAAUUUACGUGUAGCUUCGGUUUGCAUGGAUAAUGCAAAAUUAAUGUCGUGUAAUUUAUGCCCCCUCGGUAUAAUCUUGUUCUCUCCAUCUCU